AUGCAACUGUUAUUGCUCUUUUCUGUAUGUUUUGCUGUUUCGGCGCAUUUUCAAGAGCACCACACUCGUGACAAUCGGUUCUCGGAAUCGAAAAAUUUGUUCGAUUCAUCGAAUGUAACUAGAACCCAAGUAUUGAUCAUUGGUGCUGGUUUAUCGGGCUUAGAAGCCGCUCGUUUAUUGCGAGAAAAUGGAGUAAAAACUAUUGUAAUUGAAGGACGAAAUCGUACCGGUGGCCGAAUAUUUUCUCUUCGCACGAAGAAUGGCCACAUGAUUGAUUUAGGAGGAGCAUGGAUUCACGGUAUAAAUGGAUCGAUUCCAGGCGGGGAUCUAACAAAUCCUAUAUGGGAAAUUGCUCGAGCAGCUAAAAUUCCCACGAGAAGCACACCUGUAGAUGAUUUGCUUGCUUUCUAUCCUGCCAAUCAGAAGCCAUCAAAUGUUGAAGAGUGGUUCGAAGAUUUUGUGGACUAUGUUCGAGAAGAAACUAAAAUGGCCACAGACGAUGCAUCUUUCGAGUACUAUGCUAACAUAUUUGCCAAUAUGAGGAAUUUCACUGUGCAAGAACGAUAUGCCUUUUACAGUAUUUUGCAUACACUGAUCGAAGGUAACGAAGCAACUGAACUUGACAAAAUAGGCGCCAAAAAUUACAUGGAUAUUACUGGAUUACACUAUGGCGAAGAACAUGUAUUUCAUGAAACUGGUUUCAAAGCAAUAAUUGACUAUUUGACUAAAGAUGUGAAAAGUGGCGAUAUUCGAUUGGAACAAGUCGUAACUCGUAUUAGUUACAAUCAAGAAUUAGCCGAAGUACUAACUGCAAAUGGACAUGUGUAUCAAGCAGAUUUUAUUCUAUUAACAGUACCAUUGGGAGUGUUAAAAGCUAGAAAAAUUGAAUUUAGUCCUCCUCUUCCUGAAUGGAAAUUGAAUGCCAUUGAUCGAUUAGGAUAUGGAAUCUUAGAUAAAGCUAUUUUAUUAUGGGACAAAGCAUGGUGGGACUCUACCAAUUACUAUUUUAUGCGUGUCUCAUCGACACCAAAAUUAUUCGGUUCAUGGGUUAACGCCAAUAAAUGGCACGAUCGACCAGCUCUAUUUUGUUUUUACUUUGGCGAGGAGGCUUAUAAAAUGGAGACCACACUUUCCGACGGACAAGUCGUAACAGCAGUACGAAAUGUUCUACAGGAAAUGUUUCCAAAUGUAACUAUUCCCAUGCCAAUUGAUAGCUACAUAACACGUUGGGCACAAGAUCCAUUUUCUUAUGGUUCAUACUCUCAUAUUUCUGUGAAUCAGACACAUGCAGAUAUGAUACAUAUGAGUGAGCCGGUAAGUAAUCAACUUCUUUUUGCAGGCGAGGCUACAGCUACCCAGUAUUAUGGAUUUUCUCAUGGUGCAUUUCUAAGUGGGCGUCGAGAAGCGACUCGAUUACUAUAUGUUUAUGGUUUACUACCGGACCAGACUGUACCAACUUCUCGAUCAUCAGCAAUUAGCUCAUUUCAUAUGAUGGUGAUCAUCAGCUUCAUCUGUUUGCAAUUAGUACUGUAUUAA